AUGCAGGAAUCAAAAUUGAAAGAGCAGCAGACAAUCAAUAGUCUCCAAGCAAAUUGGGUCUGGGUACCUAACUGGAUUGAUUCUUCUCCUAUCAACACUGCCGGGAGAUUGGUCAGAUUCAAACGCAAAUUCACUUUGACAUCCGCUCCAGAGAAUGCCCUCCUCCAUUUCUCUGCCGAUACAAGAUACAAAUUACUCGUAAAUGGCGUGCAUGUUGCCACGGGACCUGCCAGAGGAAGCCCGUCGAUAUGGUAUUAUGAUAGCUUGGACAUCGCAGCUCAACUACGAAUCGGGCAAAAUGAAGUCGAGUUUCUAGUGCUCCGCUACUUCGCAUCUUCCCGUGGAGCGAUGCCAUUUGAGCGAACUUCCUUUCCAGGUUUGACGGUGGUAGGCUGCGCUCAAACUGCCACCGAGAUCGCGAAUCUUGAAUCCAGGCAGCACUGGGAGGCACAAGUUGAUGAAAGUGUGAGGUUUCCAACUGGACUUGUGGAUGACGUCUUUCUCCAUGUAAGCUAUCCUCCCUGUAUUCAUUCUCCUUGUCUAAUCUGUUUGAAGAUCAAUGAGCGUGUCGAUCUCAUAGAACCGAGUCCCAUUGUGGUGCCAGUUCCAUAUGAAAUCCGAUCCGUGAAUGGAGAACUACCCCCUUGGCGCUUACGUCCGCGUGUUAUCCCAAUGCCCGAGACACAGAAUGUGGCUAUGGAUACGAUCAAGUUGUGUAAAAGUAAUGUGCCAAAAGAGAAUUGGACAGGGGUUUUCUCAAGAAAUGACCCUCUCACACUCUUUCCCGGAUCCACCCAUGUGCUGGAGCUGCAAGCGGACGUGCACUCAACAGCCUUUCUACAGUGUGUGUUCAAAGCCGUCGAUCAACCGUCCCAGGUCAAACUCAAAAUCACCUAUUCCGAAGGAUAUGAAUUGGAACCUCGGUCAUACCCCUACUUCAGAAGCAAGGGCGAUCGACUCGAUAACACUGCUGGAGUAAUCAUCGGUCCAUAUGAUGAGGCUACUCUCACAGUCCCCGAUGGAGAGGAUGUGGUAUACGAACCAUUUUGGUUCCGAACAUUCAGAGUAUUACGAAUCGAAAUCACGAUCGCAUAUGAGCCGGUGGUUUUGCUAUCAUUUCGCGGGACACAGGUCAACUAUCCUCUAGGUGUCAGGGCUAGUUGGCGCAACCUCUCUGAGCCAGACAGCGAGGAUAUUUGGAAUGUUUCGAUUAGGACUCUCCGAAACUGCAUGUUUGACGGCUAUUCAGACUGUCCUUUUUACGAGCAACUCCAGUACUCUGGAGACAGCAGAUCUGUUGGACUAUUCCACUAUCUUCUAUCGGGUGAUGACAGGUUGAUGCGACAGGCAAUCACAAACUUUGCGUCUUCGAUCACACCCGAGGGGCUCACACAAUCCAGAUUUCCAUCGCAUGUUCCUCAAAUUAUCGCAGGCUUCCCCUUAUACUGGAUUCUACAGAUUUGCGACCACUACCUCUUUUUCGGUGACAUCAAAUACUCUCGCUCAUUUGUGCCGCGCAUUGACGGCGUUCUGGACUUUUUCGACUCACAUAUUGACGAGCUCGGUCUCGUAAGCGGGAUUUCCGAUGAUGUAUGGCAAUAUGUCGAUUGGGUGUCGACAUGGGGCGCAACAGAUGAGCAUCCGGACAAAGGUGUCCCAGUUUCGGGUCGGAAGUCAAAUCGACACACAUACUUCAGCAUGCUAUAUGCGUAUGUAUUGCGGCACGCAGCGCGGCUACUUCGUGAAGUUGGUCGACCUGGGAAUGCAGAUGAAUACGAUUCCCGCGCCGAUGCAGUGGUCUCCGCUAUUCGAAAACAUUGCUACAAUGGGGAGUUCUUCACAGAUUCAACGGCAGAUGUAGCGGGUCCUGACGGGUAUUCACAACACUGCCAAGUCUUCGCUGUUCUUUCAGGUGCUGCCUUCCCGGCGGACCACCAACGUAUCCUUGCGGAGUCCUUUGAGAAUCCAAAAUUUUCGAAAUGCUCCUAUGUCAUGCGCUUUUAUCUCCUACGUGCCCUUUCUAUUGCCGGAGGCGGGCUAUAUGAAGGACUCUGGGUCAAGAUGUGGAAACCAUGGCGAGCCAUGCUUGGCAACAACUUGUCCACAUGGGAGGAGGAUGAUGUCCGGCAGCGAUCUGAUUGCCACGCCUGGGGAAGUGUUCCGCUAUACGAAUACUGCACUGAGCUUGCAGGUGUUUCUCCCAUCGCACCGAGAUGUUCCAAGAUCCUCUUCAAACCACGACUAUCUCUUUCCGAUAAGUUGAGUGCGUCUAUCGUGUUGGGUCCUGAUAACUCAGCGAGUGUUGAAUGGUAUAUCGAGAAUGAUGGCCAACUCACAGUGAAGCUUACUCUCCAAAGGGCUAUCUCGGUGGUGAGUCAGCUUCCAGGGCAAGAAUUAAAAGAACACGGUGUUGUUUCGUAUGUUGAGCUUCAUUACACCCGGGCUAUUUGCAAGGUCUGA